AUGAAGUUCAUCAGUCUUUUCACAUUCACCACUGCCAUUGGAAUGGUGACUGCGGCUCGCGUUCCGAUAGGUGACCGCCAAUUCCUUCCUCCUCAAGGUGAGGGCGAGGACUGCCGAGCGCACACUGGCGAGUACUGUUGCACAUGGGAAGGCUGUCGAUCGUGCUGCUGGUGGGAGAAAUGUGAUUUGAGCAUCGAUGCUGCGCAGGGCAAGUGUGUGCCGAAUUGGUGA